GUAACCAAGUUGUAAAAGCCUCACAUCCCCAUCACACAAUGUCUUUUUGCAGAUUACGGAGACUUUCAUACAACAGGAACACAGUGAUGAUCUCAACCUCUGGCUCCCCUGCUGGUUGUGAGGGCCCUCCUUUCUUAUCCUUAUUACCUAGGUGCUUUGUUUUCAUCUUAGACUUUUUAGUUUCCACAGGGGUGACUGCUGCUGGCCGUGACUGCCCUUGCAGUUCAGCUGGAACCUGGACAGAUGUAACGUUUGUGGGUUUCACUGCUGCACCAUCAGACUCUCCCUCCUUAGGGUAGGGGGAGGGUUUCUCACCAGCUGGGGAGAUGCACUCCUUCUGUGUCUGGUCCAUUUCACAUGUCUCCUUUACUAGAACCCUCACCCAAUCCCAGUGGUUCAUUUCUGAGGGCUAUGGGGCAGGGUUGAGCUGUGGGGCAGCAUCCCUAUUUCCUGUGGUAGGUAUCAGGGUGGUUAUCCAAGCCAAUCUCUCCUUAUCUCUGAAUGUUAAAUAGAACAGGUUUAACAGGCAUAUCAGCAGCACCAGCCACUGUAUGAUAUCAUUAGCACUUAGAGAGGAUUUGAACCCUUCGAAAACUGGUGGGAUGGACCUAAAAAACUAGGUGAAGGAUUGGGAGGAAAUUUUCCUUGCUGUCACUUCCUCACAGUAAGUACCAUUAUUGAAGCAACCCCCAAAAAAUACAGUUAGUGUGUGAUAGCUCUGAAUCCAUGAACCUGCCUUCCAGAGGUAGAUAAAAAUCCAUUAAUUUCUCACCUUAUCAACCCUCAAAAUGAACUGGAUAACAGCCACUGUAGCCUUAGUUAUAGAACCCGUAUUAAGAUAAGGGCCUGCAAAUGUAAGCAAUGUGACCAUGUGAAACCCGAAACAGGGUAAGCUAGACCACAUGGAACCACCUAGCACAUAAAAUUAGGUUACUCAAGAACUUUUAUUCUGUUUUCACCUUUUCCUCUCAAUGCCCUCAGGACCCAUGUGUGUCCUGGUUUGAAAAGCAAGGGUCUCCUAAGGAAAAACAGGGCCUUCCCUUGAAAUGGAGUAAAUAAAUCUCUCCCUGUGAAUUAGGAUAAUUUUGAAGUUAAGAGACUCUCAGGGAAAGAUAGGGGGGAUAGGAUUAACAGUUCUUUACUAGUAUAUCUAACAAGACAAACAAAACAACAACUAUGGAAUUAAAAACAAACAGAACAGUUUCAGUCUUUCUCAGCUGCAGGCACCUUUCCCCUGUGGCGCAGUUACCGUCACCACUGGCAGUGAGUGCAGGCAGAUUCCCAUGGACACGGCAGGUGCAACAAUCCCACACAGCUGCAGGGUGCUGGGAUCGAUGGUGGUGGUGUCCCAGAUAGGAAGGGGAUGGAAAAGAACUUUUGCUCACAUGCCCAGGGGGCAGCAUCAAUCAUGGUGCUCCAACAGGAUGCUUGGAGAUAGCAAACUGAAGAGAGAGGGCAUCCUGGCAGGGGUUUGGGGUCCAACAACAAAAAAGGCAGCUCCCAGCAUUGGGAUCUCAGUUUUAGCAGUAGCGGCACCUUCUAGAGCCAUUUCCAAGGGGUCAUCUGAAACAAGGCCCUGAGCUGCCUGAAGUCUGCUCCUCUCAAGGAAAGGGGUGAAGAUUUGCAGGCACUUUUACUCCUGUCACCAGAGAUGUUAAGCUCAAUGGUUCCACAGUGGCUGUGGCUGAGAUGGCCAACAAGGGUCACCUGCCUAACAAGACCCUGUGUGCUAAUGAGCAGCAGAUGAGGGGAGGGCAACUCUCCAGUUCAGUGUGUGUCUCUGUGUCUGUGUGUCUGUCUCUGUAAAUCUGUGUGUGUGUGUCUAUGUGUGCGUCUGUGUGUGUGUGUGUGUGUGUUGUCUCUGGGAUAUACACUCAGCUUUCAGGGUUAAUCCUGCAAACAGGAAAGUAGCAAGUAAUUCCAGGCUGCUGGGAAGGACACCAUGGCUCUUGUGCCAUCCCAGGCCAAGCUCCAACAGCCGGGAGGAGCAACUUCAGGGCUGCAGCUGCUGCAGAGCCUCUGCCAGGAGGCUGCGGUUUCUGACAAAACCUCAGGGAAAGUCUCUUUGCUUCCUCCACAGCCAUGGCUCCACAAGAAGACAAACAAGAGGGAGAUGAAAAGGCACAGCUCCUGGCUGAGGCAUUUCAGAAGGAAGGACUGGAUGCUGCAUACUGGCUACCCAAAGUGUCAAAGAUUCUGGGAAUUGAGUGCAGAGAAGCCCUGCAACAUGUGGAAUACGAAGACUACCUCAAGCUGGAGUGUGAGGUACGGUACCCCUGGGAGAAAAAGGCACUCCAGAAACUCCUGAAAAUAACAGAUGAAAAAACAGCCUUUAAAGAGGUGCAGAAGGAGCAAUUGGAGAAGACAAAGCAAAGGCAAGAAAAGGCUACACAAGCCCUGAAAGAUCUGACAGAAAUGCUCAACAGCCACAGCCACAGCCAGGAUGCACUGAGGGAGAAAGCAGAGACUCUGUGGCAAGCCAUGGAGAUUCCCAAAGAGUUCUGGCCAUCACCAAAGAAGCCCUUGGCAGAAAUGCUGGAGAGCAUCCAUAAGCAGCUGGAGCAGCAGCAGGAGAUGUCACUAGGCAGGAGGGAGAACAUCCCUGACACCGAGGUGCUGAGGCGGGCGUCGGGUGGACUGGCCCUGCAGGGCAUCUACAGAACCAGCAGAGCUGGAGAUGUGCUGGCAACACGAGAGCAGCUCCUCAGGGUUCCUGAGGGAUUCCAGCUCACUGGUCCACAGCAAGGAUCAGUGCUUGAGACGAAGGAGUUCUCCUCCUCUGCAGCAGAAUCCACUUUCACCAAGUCCAUGGAGCAGCUGGGGUUCAGCCUGAGCGUUUCUGCCAAAUUUGCAUUCUUGGGGAUUAAGCUGGGAGCAGGUGUGGCUCACAGCAGCUCCAAACAAUCAGAGGACACUCACCAGUCCCACUCUGAGCGGAGCUACUUCUGCGCCACCAAGUUCCAGUACAUCCCCCUGGCCUCCUGCUACUUCCAAAGGCAUCAGCUUCGCCUCUCGGAUGCGGCUCUGAGGGAGCUGCAAGACAUGGAACAGAUUUUGGGGGUCACUGGGAAAGAAGACAACCCCUCCUUGCUGAAGAUAUGUGAAACCUUCUUCAGCAGGUUUGGAUCCCACAUAAACCAGGGUCCUCUCCACUUUGGGGGGAUAUUCUGGUGGAAGGCAUGCACAGAAGGAUUCAGAGCCGAGCAGCGGGAAGAGAUGAAGCGACAAACGUCUGAAGCACUGAACAUCUUUGUCGGGGUCAGCUGGGGUGGCUUUGGGGCCAGUGUAGAAGGGACCUUGGAUGUUUCUAAAGGCAGCUCAAAGGCUUCUGUCCAGGGAAGAGCAGCAGAGAGUUCCCAUACAGCCAUUCAGCUCUACGCGGUAAACACAGGGGGCCCAGCAGACACAACUUCUCUUCCUCAGUGGAAAACGGGGCUCGUGUCUGAUAACACAACGUGGUGCGUUAUCGACCGCGGCUUUGAGCUGAUUCCAGUGUGGGACGUCCUCCUGUGCAAUCACAGUGCAGAUUUUAAGUCUGUUGGUCAGAUGAGCAGAGCCCUCAGGGAUGCCUACAGAGCGCUGACGAAUGAGAGCAUUGGCACCAUUUUUGGAGAGGAACUGGGCAGUGCAGUGCAAGAGGCCAGAGAUUUCAUGGAGACUGUGAAGGCCUGGGAGGUGACAGUGGAUGAAAGGAAGCUGCAAAUGCUGAUGGAGCUCAAAGAUGAUCUGAAUGCAAAAACCAGGAACCACAGUGUGUGGAUCAACGUGUGCCUGUCCCACAAAGCCCUGCAGGACUUCCUGGUGAAUACCGUGCGGAGCUGCCAGCAGUCACCCCCAGAAAACACCACCUCUAUCAAGGUAAUAUUUAAAACCCUCCUGGAUCCUCAUAUCUACUCUGUCAAGGACUUCCCUGAGGCUUCCUUCAUUAUGCAAUGGAUCUUCCAGACGGAGCACUCACUUCCCAGAUCUCCCAAAAUCUCUGAGCUGGAAGAACUCAUCAAAACUCUGCAGCAAAUGAAGGAGCACAUCUAUACCAUCACCUACACACCCGGAAGAUCUGCUUCUGCUGUUCAUGAAGCAAAGAUAAUAGCCACCAUGACCAGCAGCCUCGCCAUUUAUUCCUUACUCCAGUCUCUCCAGGAACGGGCUGAGAAGGACAUGGAACUGUUGGUGCUCUUGAUUGUGACCAGCACAGGGUACCAGGUGGAAAGCAACACUUUCCAGCACCUCCUUGGACAUCCAGAAAUUCAGUACAUGGCCAAGGAAAUGGAAGCGGCACAUGAGGAGUACGUGAACCUGAAGGAGCAGGAUGCUGACAGAGCUGAGGCCUCCCUUCUGCUGAUGGGUCUAACUGUGACACCAGAAAGUCAAAAGCUGUCACCUGAACAGAAGAGGGAGCGUUUAGUUUUCAUGGAGGAUCACAUGAAAGGCUUGUGGUCCACACGGAUAAAGAAUCUCCUCCAAAAGCACAGCGCAGGCACAGACUGGGAGAGGCUGGAACAGGACUUGCAUUCCUUGAUCAGUGGGUGCUUGGAUGACAGGUGGGAUGAACAAAGGAUGCAGAAAAUACUCGUAGACCUGGAAGACACCUUUACCAAAGGUGAGCCGCAAAGUCAGUCCCAAUCCAAGUCAGACAGCAGCCAAUCCAAAGCAAAUGAAGCCAUUGCAAACCAGGAGUUCCUUCAGUUGCUCAAGCGCCUUGGACUCGAAAGUCACUAUCCAAGAAAAAUGGGGAUGGGAGAUUUCCGCACCAUUUGCAAGAUAUCUCUGCAGGACAGGCAGCCCAGCAAGGACAAGGAACUGCCAUUAUACUUCCUGAAAAAGCUGUUAACUGUAGAUUAUCAGGUGAGGUACCUGACUUGCUGGGAAGAGAACAACCCAGGCCUUGCAACCAUGCCACAAACCAGAGAGCAAAACGACCUGCAGUCAGUCUCCUUUGAAAACUUCCUUGAUAAUCUGAUGGGAGCAGCCCUUGAACGUCCAAGCAGGGACAGCCAUGUGCACCCCAUGGACCUGCAGAUGGCCAUUUUCCACUGUGCUGAUGACUUCCUGAGACAGACCCUUGCAACCAAGCUGGCGUUCUGCCAACUGGCGCUGCCUCUGCUGCUGCCCAACCCGGGCACUUUACACAUCGAGUUCCCGCUCUACGCCCUCAGCCAAAUCCAAAGGAGCUGGAAGGAGGUGGAAAAGUCAGGACAGCACACCCAAACAAAGAGUUACAACCGCAAACUCAUCUUCCAGGCACAGACUCCCAUUGUCUCCUUCAUCCGCAUUGGCAGCUCGGCCUCCUCUUCCAAGUCUCAGCUCCUGAACGCUCUGCUGAGCAAACGCAAACACGACACUUUCUUCCACCGCCACUGCAGAGGCAGCACCAGAGAGCGCUUGCUGAUGGAAGGGGUGGUGGAGAUCGCCUGGUACUGCCCCCGUGGAAGCCCUGAUGACACCUUUGAGAGCUGCGUGGCUUUCUGUAACCUGCAUGGAGACGCCAGGGAUCACGGAGCACAGCUGCAGUUCCUGCAGGACAUCUCUGCUGUCAAUGUGGCUCUUGUGUCCGAUUCUGAGCACAUGGACAACAGGGGGAAAAAGCUUCUGCAGGACCUGUGGCAGUCACAAAGGCCUUUGAUUUGUCUUCUCACAGAAAAAGAGAACAUUGGAACUGGACAAUCAAGCAAAAUCAUAACAAUAGGAAUCAAGAACAGAAACGAAGCAGAACUGAUGGACCAGCUGAUCAAAAUGAUCAGGGAUCUCCUGGCAGGGUCGAAUCCAUGUUUCAGCCUGGACGCCUGUGCAGACAAAGCUCGCCAAUACGGAUUCGUGGUGGAUGCAGAUCAACCCACGUGUGUGACAGCCAAAGCAAAGGCAAAGGAGUUGGUGGAUCUUCUGAAGAAAGAGAAAUUGUCAGAGAUCAAAUCCCAGCUACUGCCGCUUCAAGGAAAACUGUGGUACCAGUGGUGCAAAAAGGACAAAGAACUCACUCGCCUGCAGGAGAAGAGGAACAAGAGCAUUGAGCAUCAUCGAAGCCAAAUUGAAUAUGAAAAGAAAGCAAUAAGAAAAAAGCAACUUGACAAAGCUUUCCCUCUUAACCCAAUGAUGAAAUCAUUCCUUAGCUUUCUGCAGUCCCACCCAGCAGAUACCAAGAAAUAUUUCCUGCAGUGGAUGAAGGUCUUCAUGGACGAGCUGUCCGGGGGUCGACUUGAAGAACUGAGGAGAGACUAUCACAAGUUAUGGACUGAAAUCCUCUCAGAAAAGAAAAACAAGAAAAAACCCAGGGUGAAUGAUCCAUUGCCGAGUCGCUUGGAUGCCAUCUCUGACGAAAUCAACGAUUCAUCCAUUGGCCUGGAGCACCUUCUGAGGGAAAUAGGGCAGAUUUAUGAAGCUCUGGAAUUGAUGAACUCUAAGAAAUUCAAUUUUUCCAAACUGCCAGAAAUUGCAGCAGAGCUGAUGGUUUUGGGGUAUCCUGUGGAGUUGAUGGAUGGGGACGCUUCUUACCUGCCCCUGCGCUGGGUGGGAGCAAUCUUUGACAGCUUAAUUGAGAGGCUGGGGGACAAACGAGUGUUUGUGCUCUCUGUGCUCGGCAUCCAGAGCUCAGGCAAGUCCACCCUGCUGAAUGCCAUGUUUGGUCUGCAGUUCAACGUCAGUGCGGGGAGAUGCACCCGUGGAGCCUUCAUGCAGCUCAUCCCAGUGGGCCAGGAGCUGCAGCAAGACUUGGGCUUUGAUUUUGUGCUGGUGAUUGACACAGAGGGACUUCGUGCCAUUGAGAUGGCCAAUAAACAGUCCCUGAACCAUGACAACGAGCUGGCCACCUUUGUCAUUGGUGUCGGCAACUUGACUCUGAUCAAUAUCUUUGGAGAAAAUCCAUCAGAAAUGCAAGAUGUUCUCCAGAUCGCUGUGCAGGCUCUUCUGAGGAUGAAGAAAGUCAAUCUUUCCCCAAGCUGCAUCUUUGUGCACCAAAACGUGGGAGAAACAACUGCCAAGGAGCAGAACAUGGAAGGACAAAGGCGUUUGCAGGAAAAGCUGGAUGAAAUGACUGUGUUAGCCGCCCAGCAGGAAUUCUGUGAUGUCUCCUCCUUCAGUGAGGUCAUUGGCUUUGAUGUGAAGACCCACAUUCACUACUUUGCUCACCUGUGGGAAGGAAACCCCCCAAUGGCACCACCCAACCCCACCUACAGCCACAACGCCCAGCAACUCAAGAGCAAAAUCUUCCAGGCUGCCAAGCAGCAGCCGCAGCGCAGCAUUUUGAGGCUCUCGAGCCUGAAGGAUCGUAUUGGUGACCUCUGGAAUGCUUUGCUGAAUGAAAACUUUGUUUUCAGCUUCAAGAAUUCCCUGGAGAUUGCUGCAUACAGGAAACUGGAAACUGCCUUUAGUCAGUGGACCUGGAGGCUGAGGAGUCAGGUCUUAGAUGUACAGAUGAGACUGAACAACAAAAUUCGGAAUGGGGACUUGCAGAAGGUCACCAGAGAACACCUUGAAGGGCUGCUGCAAGAGACAAGUGAUGCCAUUGAGAAAGAAGUGGAAAAGUAUUUCAGGGAAGACCAAGACCAUGAGACACUGGUUCAGUGGAAAUCAAGCACAGAACUGAAGCUGAAAGAACUAAAAGACACUCUUCUUCAUGAAAUAAAAAAGAAAUGUGAGACUCUUAUUGAGCUAAAGAAAGAGCAGAAUAAAUGGGAUGCAAGGAAGUUGGCAUAUGAACGUGAGCUCCUGAGAAGGAGUAGGGAGCUGGCUGUGACUCUGAAAGGGAAGAGCCUCAGUGAUAGAGAACUGAAGGACAACUUUACUCUUGUGUGGAACCAGUGGAUUGCUGAAGUCUCCCAUGCUGCUCCUCCGCCAGAACGGGUGGAUAUCGAUGCAGAAAUUGAAGAUGUCCUUCUAGAGCACUUUAAGGAGCCAGGUUUCCAUGCACGGAUCAGUUCAUUUCCCAAAAGCAGAGGAUUUUCUUUUGACAUGGAGAAGCACAUGAAAAAGAAAAAGUUCCUAGGCUUCAUGCCAGAACUGUGGAGCAAUUCCAGUGCUGAUGUCAUCAACUUAAAGCACAUCACAGACCACAUCAUAGUACGUGUGAAAGCAAAUAUUGAGAAGAAGGAGGAGGAGAAACGGGAUUACAGUCGAAAUUUUAUUCAUGAAAUACUCAAUGAAGUACAGAAAGGUGUUAACUCUGUCCCCAGUGAUGCAAAAUGUACUUUUAACAAGGAGUACAGAAUGGAUUUGUCUCUGUAUCUGUGCAAAAUGGCAGCAGAAAGGUUUAAAGCCAUGCAUGAAGCAUUCCAAAAGGCAAAUGACCCAGUUGUGUACCUGAACAGCAAGAGAGAAGAUUUCUUCCAAUGCUUCCAGAUUUCCUGCCAAGGAGCCACUUCAAUCACAACUUUUGCUAUUUUCCUUUGUGACAAGAUUGAACCAGCUCUUCAUAAGGCGGUCUUUGAGAGGACAGCUAAAGACAUUGCUGAGGAUAUGCAGGGCAAAUUCCCAGACUUCAGGGGUAACAGAGCCAAUCUGGAAGUUUCCAUCCUGAGAUACCUGGCAGAACAAGAAAAUUUUGAGUAUUUCAAGCAGUACCUUACAUCUCCAAAAGAGUUUUUUCAGAGUUACAUUGAGAGACGAGUUAAGAGUCAUUGUUUAGAUGAGAGUAGGAGGCUGGAGAAGUUUUUAGAUUCCUCUCUUAACCUUCUCUAUGGAAACAUCCUGUCAGCUGUUUCUUUAUCAACCCAAAUUGUCAAAGACAAAAAAGACAGAGAAGACAAAAUCUCUCUUUGGCUGGAUGAAUUUUGCAGGGAACUGGCAGAGGUGAUCAACUUGCCCAGAAGUGAGCUGAAGGGCAUUGAGCACCAGGAGGUCACAGACAUUGAGUUCCUGAGCAGUGCAAUGAAAACAGCUCUGGGUGACCUGAGGGACAGGCUCAAGAAAGAAUUGGCUGAUGCUGACCUGAGCUCAUUUUCAAGGCAGCCUCACACCAUCCUGGCAGAGCAUUUUUCAGGGUGCUGGGAGAAGUGUCGCUUUUGUGGGGCUGUCUGCUCAAACACCAUGCAGAACCAUGAUGGAGACCAUCAGGUGGUCUUCCAUCGCCCACAAGCACUGACAGGAUUCAAAUGGCAUGGGACAGACCACUUCAUCAUUGAUAUUUGUUCCAGCCUUGUUGCAAGUGACUGCACAUUCAGAUUUCAUGAUGACCAACAAUGGACACCUUACAAAAAAUACCGUGAUGCUGGACCUCCUGUUUCCACUUGGAACAUUCUUCCUGAUUCAUCCAUGCAGGCGUACUGGAAAUGGUUUGUGUCUAAUUUCAGGACACAGCUGGAAGCUUUGUACAAUAAGAAAUUUCAGGGCAAAGGAGAAAUCCCUGUGGCAUGGCAGAGAAUUACCAAGCAGGAAGCACUGUCCGAGCUGGAGCGGCGUUAGUCACAUCUAUUGGAAGGAAGAACCACAGUGGCUUUGCAGUUUAGGAGAACUCUGUACCAGGCUUUCCACAAAAUUCAGUUACAAUUAUGAUGCUCUCAAGCCCAAUGAAGACAAUGGUAUCCAAUUGUUCCCAAAUUUGGUGAAAUAAUUAGCAGGCUCUUCUAAUAAAGGAGUUGAUUUGGACUCUGCUGCUCUGUGUCUCCUUUGUGUUCAGGGGAUCCACAGCUGGGGCUGACUUGAGCUGUGUGUGCUGCAGACAGGCAGGGGACAGGGGGUGGCACUGGGGCGGGGGGGUGGCAUCAGAGGCUCUGCUCCAUUCAGGGUCUCUGCUCCAGGAGCAGCUUCACUGUCUGCAGGGACAGCAGAGAGGGCAGGAAGCCCCAAACCACAACAUCCAGGGAAACCAGGGGCAGUGGCAGGGGCCAAGGGAGGCAGCAUUGGGAACCAAGCCUGGCCUGUCACACACAAGGAGUGCUGAGAAGGUUGAUCCCAGCGAGGUUCUGUGCUCUGCAGCUGCUCAGCUGGGAACCUGUGGGACAAAAGGGGAACGCACCCAAACUCUGCCAAGCCCAGCCCUGGCCAAGCAGAGCCAGAGCCAGUGACAGGAGCCAGAGCUGGGCCGUGUGAGCGUGUGCUGCAAGGGCUGAGUGCCAGGGACUGGGGACACCUGGGCUUGGAGGGGAUUUGGGCCAGCUCCACCAGCCAGACUGGGAGUGGAGGUGCCUCUGUGUAAGGGUCAGUCCAAAGAUUCCCUGAUCUGCCUCACGACCAUCAUCAGAGACUGAGACCCCAGGACCGCACCACUUGCUCUGGAGGGGAGUUUCUGGCCUGACCAAGGUGGACGCUUGCCAAGGGACUAUUUGCAGGUUUGAUUGCCAGUGCUUGCUGCUUGCCAUGGUACGCUGCUCUCAAGCAGUGUCCUGGUUGUAGUGUUCUGUCCCGGACCUGUUUCUAGCAGCAACGGUCUCCGCACGCAAUAGUCCAUAAAUCUCCCCACCUUUUGGCCAGAGGCCACUCACUUUGGGAAAGGACUAUAAAAUGAUGACUUUCUUAGGAGACUUUUGAGACCUCUUUCUCCCCAUGGACAAAAGAUGCGUCUAUUGGCUGAAGACCACGAGGAUGUUGUCCCAUCUGUUGGUAGCACUUCCCCAUCCUUUCUCUCUCUCCCCCUCCUUUUACUUUGUUUCCUUUAUCUCUCUCUCCCCUCUAUUGCAAACUGAGUUGCUGGCACACUAUAAAGCGCAUUGCUGCUUGCUGCUGAAUAAAACUUUAGUCUCCUGCUGUUUGUCUUUUGCACCCUGGGGUCAAACGAACCAUCACGACUCCCGCUCAGGAUGAGCGGAUCGUGACAUUAAACUGGUGUCACAGACAGGAUUCCUGAUAGACAGAAGGGUUGCAGGGUUGUGUGUAAUCUGUAACAGGGGAAGUACAUCUUGCUCCAGCUGCACCUAGCUGGCCACCUCAAACUGUGUGAGCUUCUCUAGAAAGCAAGGGGAGCAUUUCAGAUUUCCUGCAAACUCCACACGCCUAGGUGAAUAAGCAUCCCUACAUUUGUUUGAGGGCUCUGUCUUCAGAAUUUCACAAAAGAUCUCUUGGUGCAAAAGGCAGGACUGUGCUUUUCUUGUUUUUUAUUGUUGUGUGUAAUACUGACUUCCCCCAAAGUGAGAUGGAGGGGUUACUGCACAGACUGUGUAUGUAUGGGUAAUAUCGACCUUCUCUGAAGUGAGGGGGGAUUACUGCACAGGCUGUGUGUAUAAUAUUGACUUCCCUCAAAGUGAUGGAAUUACUGUGCAGGCUGUGUGUGUAUGUUUAAUAUUGACCUUCCCUGAAGUGAGGAAGGGCACUGCACAGGCUGAGUGUGUGUGUGUAACUUCGGUUUCUUCUCCCACCCAGGGAGGAGAAUGGCUGAACACAACGAAGGCUGUGUGUGUAACUUAAGUACAGGAAUUUCAAGAGUGUAAGCCGCACCUGAUUAUAAGCCGCACUUCCGG